ACCGGUUUGGGUGAAACCGAGCCGCUUAUAAAAUGAUGUACGCUCUCGAAUAAUCCGGACGGCCGCAUAAAAUCGCAUUUGGAUUUGGCUCCGCUCCACUCGGCUCCUCCUCCUCUUCCUCUUCCUCUUCCUCGGCGAUUUUUUUUUUUCUUUUUUUCCCGAUUCAUGGUCGUUGAUCAUGGCCUCCGCCGUAGUCAACAACGUCGCCAUCUCCCCCGAGGGUUUCCUCCCCUCCUACGGUUGGCUCAGCCCUAGGGUUUCCUUCAGCCGCGACCUCUCCCCCUCCUCCGCCGCCGACGCUACGGCGGCGCCGUCGCCGGAGACGCCGGAUCUCGAGGCCUCCGCGGGGGAGAUGGAGUUCAUCGACUUCGAGUUCCGGCUGGAGGAUCCCGUCGCCAUGCUCCCCGCCGACGAGCUCUUUGCCGACGGGAAGCUCGUCCCGCUCAGGCUCGCGGCGGCGCCAACGCCCCCCGCGGCGGCGGAGCAGGCGGCGAACGCCGCGGCGGUCGGGGAGGUCGGGGCGGCGCCGGAGCUCCUCGGGCUCCGGAGGUCGAGGACCACCCCCACGAAGCCCGAUCGCGACAAGCCCUCGUCCUCUCCCUCCGCCGCCGCCUCCCGAAGCCCUAACCCUAACCCUAACCCUAACCCUAAUCCCAGCCCUGGCGCCAGCAGGUCCCUGAAGCACCUCCUCCACCGCGGCGCGGCCGCGAGGUCGGGGGGCGCGAUCGAGCCCUCCCUGAGCCUCCCGCUCCUCCGCGACUCCGACUCCGAGUCGCUCUCCAUCUCCUCGCGCCUCUCCCUCUCCUCCUCCUCCUCCUCCGGGGGCCCCGACCACGACGACCUCCCCCGCCUCUCCCUCGACUCCGACAAGCCCCCGCGCGUCCGCCUCCUCCGCCCC